GUGUCCUUCAUCGCUGGUGAAAGCUGCUCCUUUCCGUUACCAUGACCGGAAACGGAUGGGUAGAAGUAGAAAAGUAGGCGCUCUUUCAGCAUUUUCUCUGAAAACCAGGGCAUCUGUUCCAUAAAUUUUUUUCUGCUGCUUUUCUGACACAUGGUAUCUCUAUUCCAACCGAUUCCUCACCCAUCCGCACGUGCCAAUCUCAUGCCAUUGGCAGCCAGCUCUUAGGGGUAGCAGAUAUCCAUCCCCCCCCCCCCCCGUUCUCUCAUAAUGGGAAAGUUGGAUUGCCGCCCACCAAUAGCCAUUUGGUUGUUCUGGUUGGCAGCAAGCAGCAUGAUCACCUCCCAUUCCACAGUCUCAUAAGUCCUGCUGCUUCCCUUUGUGAUCUACCCCGUAAUCGAGAGGAAUAAUGGGCGAGAGAGAGGCUUCUGCUUCGCUCCAACAAAUGAUGCAUGAUGGCGCCUAUCCAACGUAUUUCGGCGUUUCGUGCGCUUUCGUCGCUCUCCAUCUCAUGUCGAGGACGAGGAGGAGGCUCGAUGUGGAGCACGCCCAACGGUGCCGCCUGGGCGAAUUGAUGCUUCGAGGGAGCGCGCAGCUCCUGGGGUUGCUCGUAGAGAGAGUUCAAACAAGGGAAGAAGCACUGGAGGAGAAGCUGAAGAAGGCUGAACUGGAGGUUGAUGAGCUGAAACAGAGGAGAACUGAGGAUGCCAAGGCCAAUGAGAAGGUUGCGAGCAUCUUCGCCGCCCACGAACAGAGCUGGAUCGUAGGAAGGAAGAGCCUCAUGCGUCAGAUCCAAGCCCUCGUCAACGAGAUGCGGAUCCUGAAGGCGAGGAAUGAAGAGGUCAUACUGGACUUGAGGAGGAGAGUCGAGGAGGACGAGUCUGCGAUGCGAACGAAGGAUGAAGCCUUGGAGGAAGGAGCGAGGAAGAGGAGAGAGUUGGAGGAGAAGCUGCGAUUGGCUGAGGAAGCGAUGCAGGAAUUGGAAGAGAGGACGAAGAAGGAGGCACAGGAGCGCUCGGCGGAGCUUUGGACGCAUAAGACGGCGUUCGUGGAGCUCGUCUCCAACCAGCGCCAACUCGAAGCGGAGAUGGCUCGUGCCCUCCGGCAAGCCGAGGCGGCGAAGCAGGAGCUGGAGGAAGCCUUCGACCGGAAGGAGGAAGCGGUUGCGAUGGUCGAGAAUCUUUCUGGAGAGAUUGUGAAGCUUCAGAAGGAUGCCGAGCAGAAGGAUAAGAUCCUGUCGGCCAUGUUGAGGAAAUCCAAGCUCGACACAGCGGCGAAACAGAUGAUGCUGAAGGAGGUAAAGAUAUCGAAGGCCAAGAAGAAACAGGCCGAGUUGGAGAUGGAGAGGUGGAAGAACAUGUGGGAGUCGCGGCAUAGGAAGGGAUCGAGGGCGGCACACUCUUUGGACAUAGGCUGUUCUCAGAGCCGAAGAGCAGAAUUGCAGAUAGAGAGCAGUGGAUACUGCUCCAGGACUCAGCUUUCAGAGUUCUUGGAAGCUGAGAAUAGGAAAGAGCAUGAAUCUUCCUCCGCUAAGGGAGAAAGCAUCAUCACAACAAUUGAAUGUUUGGACCGGGACUCGACCGAUGGGAGCGAUGAGCCUGUCAGCGAUGACUUUGAACGACUGCAAGAUUGGGUUCGCUUGGAGACCGAGAAGUAUGCAACCAUCCUGGAGCAAAGGCAUCAUGCAGAGAUAGAGGCAUUCACAGAGCAAUUGAGAGUCAAAGAUGAGAAACUAGAAGCUUUUCGAUGGCAGCUUCUAAGCAUGGAGCUCGAGUCGAAGCGGCUUCAGUCUCACAUAGAAGGACUCGAUGGGAACCUAUCCCACUUCAAAGAAGAGAACUUAAAAUUGGAAGCCCUGUUGUUGGACAAGGAAAAGGAGCUGAAGUUGUUGAAAGAGCAAAUCAGAUACCAUGUCCAACACUGCCAAAAGAACAACUCAAUUUUUUCUCCCAGUUCUGACUGCAUGAAAAAGAGUUCUUCCAGUUGCGAGGCUUGUGAUUCCCAGGUUCCUUGGUCAGAAGUGAAGAUCACAAAGAGGAAACAAAAGAAGAAAGAACAAGAGUCAAAGUCCAGCAUAGUUAGAGACACCCAGAAGGCAGAGAACAUCGCUCGAGAGAUGGAUGGUCGGAAUGUCAAUGAAGAAACAAAACUGAUGCAGCUGGAAUCACACAAAAACGGACCAUUUAUAUACAAAGAGAAUGCAGCUAUUGAUACCACAGCAAUUAGUCCAACUAAUGUGGCACCACCAGCCGAUAAAAAUUUUGAGGGAAAUACGAUUGCCUGUGUUAGUGAAACACCUUCAGAAGAACCUGAAGGAGAGGCGAAUAUAUCGAGGGACAAAGCAGAGAGCAUCAUCCUGACAUCCCACUCUCCCGAAGAAGAGAUCGAAGAAGAGAAAGAAGUUAGCAUGGACCCAGGUAAUGUUCACUCCAUGAAUAGCAUCCAAGAAGGGGCUGACGUUGAUGAUAAGUUGUCAUCAAUUGGGUCAUCAAUUGUAAAGAAGGAUUCUUCUUGGAGAAUGGACGUUCAUGCUCUUGGAGUUUCUUACAAGAUCAAAAGGAUGAAGCAGCAACUGCUCGUGAUCGAAAAGCUGGCUGAAUCUCAAUCAAUGAAACAGCUGACGACUAAGGAUGAUGCUUCGAAUGACAGAGCUGAUGAGAACAGGCAGCAAGAUAAGGGAUUCAUGAUAAUGAUGUCUUCGCUACAUAAACAAGUGAAACGGUAUCAGUCUCUUGAAGAGAAGACAGACGACCUGUGCCAGAGAAUGCACGAGAACUACCGAUCUGGAAGCAGCCGGGAUUCCCAAACUGGCAGGACAAAGGAACAAACUGAAGCACUCAAGCGCUUUCUGGAAGAAACCUUUCAGCUGCAAAGGUAUAUGGUGGCCACAGGCCAGAAGUUGCUGGAGAUACAAUCCAGGGUUGCUUCUGGCUUUGCUGGUGAUUGCGAACUUGGUGAGUCUGUAGGGUUCAAUAAAAGGCUGUUUGCAGAUAAUGUAAGAACUCUCUUUAGGGAAAUACAGAGAGGUCUGGAGGUUCGACUAGCUCGAAUUAUUGGAGAUAUUGAGGGGACGCUAGCUUCUGAUGGCAUUCUUCACAGGUGAAAAUGAAAUAAGAUUUAAUUGUUUUCCUUGUAAACAAGGCGGUCUUCACAAUGUGAAUCAUAGGAAAUAUAGAUAAACUGAAAGUGUUUUUCUUUUCUUUUCCUUUAUUUUUUGGAAUAGAUUUGGGAAUGCUUUGUUUCGUUUUCACUACCAGAGCUUGUAAUGAAAGUUACUCCUGUGAAUAAAGUGUUUCCUUUCUCAUUAUUCUGGUUCUCC